AGUGGUGGAGGAACUGCAUUUCCAAUUUGUCGAUGUUUAUCAAGUAUAGUGCCAUAAAAUCGAAAAGAAUCAGGAAAUCCUUGAGAUCUAGCACAUUCACGUACACUUACUACCCGAGUUUGUACUGGAUGUAACACACGACCCUUAAAGAUUAAAUCGAUUAUUUACAUUAACUGUAUAUGAAUUUUAAUUAAAAUUAUAAUUCAUAUUAUACCAAAUAUAAGUUAAUUAUAUGUAUUAUAUAAAAAGAUAUGAUGCAUAAAAUUAAAUAUUAAAACAUUUUAACCCAUUUGCAUCCAAGUGCGCAUUAAUCAGCGCGCUGCGACUGUCUUCUAUCACCAAGCGCGGAAUAAUUCACGAGACUGCAACUGCUUUUUAUUCCAGUCGCUAAGUAUUCUUCAGAUGUGGGAGAUCACGUUUGACUCGCCUAUAUCAGUUCAUUAUUUUCUAAAUAAGUCUUACUUUUGUUGUGACAAUCUUUUUAAUUGCCGCUAUGAUUGCCCCAAUGGAUUUUGACGAUCUUGAUGAUUCGGAUCAAAGUAUACAAAUAGGACAUAUUCGAAAACGUAUCCGUAGGAUAUCAUCAAGCGAAGACAGCGAAGUUGAUCAGUGCAACAGUUUUAGAAAUGAAGAUUACGUGUGGAAAGCCGAAAAUCAUACGCCAAUUAUACAUGAUUUUUCAAGUGUGGGUGGUGCAACUGUUAAUACGCAAAACCUGUCGAGAAGGGAAGUUUUUGAAUUAUUUUUUAACGAAGAAUUAGUUACAAAACUAGUUACAGAAACAAAUAAACAUGGAGAAACCGACGAAAAUUUUAUGCCUCUUUCAAAAGAUGAACUAAAAGUAUUUAUUGCUUUAAACAUUUUAAUGAGUUUAGUUUCUAAGCCAAAUAUUCAGAGUUAUUGGACCGCAGAUAAAAGCAUAGAAACACCAUAUUUUAAGAAUAUUAUGGGCCGUAACCGAUUUGUUUCUAUUGCUAAAAAUCUACAUUUUUCCAGUAAUAAUAAUUCUAAUGACGCACUCACAAAAAUCCGAGAAGUUAUUCAAAUAAUAAAAAAGACUUUCAUUAGUAUAUAUGUACCACAUAAAAAAUUUCAAUUGACGAGUCAUUAAUGCAAUGUAGAAGUCGUUUACAUUAUAUUCAAUUUAUUCGAACAAAACAAGCAAGAUUUGGUGUUAAGUUUUAUAAACUGUGUGAUUCGAAAUCGAAAUACAUACACAAUUUCCAUAUAUAUACAGGAAAAGAUGAAAGCGAUACCGGAUCUGCUACCAGAAAUGUAGUAAUGAAUUUGUUGGAAGAGAGUGAGUUAUUGUACAAAGGAUAUUGUUUAUUUAUUGAUAAUUGGUACAGUUCACCGACAUUGUAUCGAAAAUUACAUGACAUGAAAACAAAUGUAUGUGGAACUGCAAGAAUUAAUUGGAAACAAAUGCCUCGAGAACUAAAAGUACACCAGUUACAAAGGGGAGAAGUUGUAGUAUAUUCUACAAGAGAUAUGGCGGCGAUAAAAUGGAAGGAUAGAAAAGAUGUCGUUUUACUAACAACUAUGCAUAGCUUAGAAUUUGCUGAAACGGAGAAAAUAAACAGAUAUACUGGACAAAAAUGUGUAAAACCAACAGUAGUAAUUGAUUAUAAUCAGAAUAUGGGUGGAGUUGAUGUUGACGAUCAAAUAUUAAGUAAAUUUCAUACUAUGCAAAGAUGUAAAAAAGCCUAUAAAAAAAUAUUUUUUUACCUCAUAGACAUGAUGUUAGUAAACAGUUAUGUAAUUUUUAAAAAUCAUAAAAAGGAUCGAGCUUUUCAUAUUUUUAAACAACAAUUAGCCGAAGAAAUUAUUGGCGAAUAUUUGCCAAAUAUAAAAGUAAGUGAGGCAUCUAACGAUUCGAUAACGCGAUAUGCUGGCAGACAUUUUCCUAUUCGGAUACCUCCAACUCCAGCAAAGGGAAGCAGAACGUCAAAGCGAUGCGUUGCAUGCUUAUCUAAACGUACUCGAAGAGAAACGGUCUUUAAAUGCCAUAUUUGCGAUGUACCAUUAUGUAUUGACCAUUUUAAAGAAUUCCAUGAGAAAUAAUAUUUUAAUCUAAAUAAUUCUUUUUUUAAAUAAGUAAUUUUUACUUUUUUCCUCUGUUACAAAGCAUUCUUUCUGUUUUUUGUAAGAUGCGAUGUUUGUGAGGUAACAUUGUCUACCAAUCGUUUUGAACAGUAAAUUUUCGAUAAACUGCAUGAAGAAUUCGGAUGUCAUUUACUGCACCUACGACCGACCGCGCGCUGUGAUAGGGACUAGUCGUUAGUUGAACGCCGCUGAUGCCUUCAAAUGACCCCUUAAGUAGGGCAAUUAUGCAAAUGGGUUAAAAGCAUAGCUUUUUGUAUUAACAAAAUGAUUUUAGUAUCUGAGUAAGGAGCUUUAUGUAUGCAUCUUUACCCCAAGCAAAAUUAGCAAAAGACUGUAAAUGAACAUUUUUUCAAAUGUACAGAUGAUCUUAUAUAAAAAAUUGCUCCACAGGAUGAUAGACCUUGUUAAAUAGUAUAAAAUUUUCCCUCUAUGACUUUUCUGACUUCAUUUGAAAUGAAAAUAUAAUCUAGCUCACCUGGUGUUAGAAAUACUGCAUAUUUUUAAUAAUAAUAAUUAAAUGUAUAUAAAUAUAAAGUAUACAUAUAUGUUAAA